AACGAAAACAAUGCUGCUGCUGCCUGUGUUAGUCUUCGGCGAUCUAGGCCUGUCCAUAUUUCAAUAGAGAAGCCAGGUAUGGACGCGGAACGUUCUGAUAAUGCAGAUUCCGCUGACGAGGAUCCUGGAAUUGUCCAAGUUUAUGCUGGAAACGUUGUCGGGGCGGUCAAAACAAGCAGUCCUACAUCCGAUGCACUCGAUUCAGCUGAGGCUUUACUUCGUGAAAGGCAAUUACAGAAGCACCAGUACAGUGAUUCACGAUCACAGCCUCAAUCAUCAUCUCAAUUUCGGCAUGAAGCCUGGUCAGUUGGCCAUCCGCCUUCCUAUUUCUCUUCCCGACAUCCACACGAGGGGAUGUACCAUGCUCACAGCUAUCACAAUUACCACCAUCGCCAUGAAUUUGGGGAUCCUGGAUCUAAUCUCAGGUCUAUCAGAUCCCAAUACUACUAUCCCCGUCGCAACAGAUCUGGUCGUAAUCUCCGAGCUACUCGAUCCAUGUCAGAUGAGAAUGACUGGUUUGGAGCUCGUGGACAGUUUAACCGGUUUCCAUAUUCCACUGAAAGUACUGAAUCAGAACAUCAACCACCUUCAGCGCCUCUGUUUGCCUCUGCAAAGUCGGCGAUUGAUAUGCGGAGUGAGGAAAUGUACCGAAGGGGUGGGUAUGUAUGUCGAUGGCAUCGAGCGUCCCCAUUAAGACAGUAUACCAAUUCCAGAGUUCCAAUGUUGCGAAGAAGUAAAUCGCUCGGUCGUCCGAAUAACUCAGCAUUGAUAUCAUCUUCUUCAAACGAUGAAGGGAUAUCAAAAGCGUAUUUUCGAAGGCUUAAGGAAAGGGAGCUGUCAAGAGAUCAGUUCAAUAUGAUGGAAAAUUCGAUUGGACGGAGGUUGACUAGAAGUCGAAGACAUAUGAGAAUUCCUUUUGACGGUUCGGAUUUCCCAUCAGAAUGGGAUCAAAAGGAUGUCUUUAGAAGUGACAGGAUGAAGAUGGGAAAAUCACCUUCUGAGAAGUUGACUUCAAAACACUGGCUGCAGAAGAUCACUUCCGUACCGGAAAUUCAACUGACAUCCCUCGUCAAGGGUGAAUCUUUUGACAUCCAUACUUACAUGGGUAGUGUUGUUCUUAGCGAGCAUCAACUCCUCACCGAUUCGCCUCGCUUCCGUCGUCGUUUCAACGAGAAUAUCCAAAAACAGCGUGACAGACAACAGCAAUACCAACAAAACCAACGUCGUGGAAGAUCCUGGAGAGAGGAAAAUGAGUUGCAUAAUCGAGUUGAGCCAGAGGAGGAUGCAGAAUUUUUGGACGACGAGGAAUUUGGAAUCAAUCAACUUGAAUAUCCAGAUGAUGCACCAUUAGAUUGGCCCGAAGGGCUUGCUUAUACGCCUUCGGCUAACCCCCGUAAUCGACGAUUGCGACACUCGGAUCCAAUUGGAAGAAAUGCAAAGUCGAUGGAUUUGGCUGGAAGAGGAACGAGUGGACCAACUGAUAAGGAUUAUCGAACGAAGAGAGCAGAACGGAAGACACCUAAGGGAGGUAAGAAUAUACUAUUAAUACAAAAGGGAUAA